AUGUUAAAAUGCGUUACAUCAUUUAGGUUUUUGGAUUAUCUCGCUGAUCUUUGUGUUUGUCGUGGCGAAGCAAACAAAAAAGUUCAAGAAUUGAUUUGCAACUGUGUAUUAAGCAAAUUAAAUCGUGAUAUAUUUCUUACGACUAAAAUCAUUUCUGAAGAUGGUCAUGAUGAAGUGUGGAUUUGUUCUCCGCAUUCCUUUUGCAAGCCGUUAGUUUCUAUUGCAAUGAAUGCUGCAAAAGAUGAAGCGAAAGAUUCUGAAAUACUUGAUUAUUACAAACAUCAACUUGAUCUUCUGGCCCAAAUGUGUCAAGAUCAGCAAUAUCUGGCAAUCGACCCUCCACCUGAAAGAUGUCUUCUAAAUCUCAGUUUAGAAUUACCUGCUGAGCUCGUUUUUAGAUGUAUUUCGGAUACAAGAUUACCGCAAGAUUUACGAGCAUCAUUUACGCGCCUUAUGUUACAUCUGCACGUUAUACGUGGUUCACCAUUUAGCGCCAUACACCAUGCUCGUUUAUGGCGCGAAAUCCCGCAUCAUGUUACUGUUUCUGGGGGCUCAGUUCGACCAGGAAACAGAUAUACUGACAGUAGUCAUGUACGAAGUGGCGGGCAAAUUUUUGAUAAUGUUUUAAGAACUAUCGACUUGUAUUUUGAAGAAUUGCUUAAAAUGACUAAAGAAGGUGGACCUGUCUUAGAUCCAAGUGUAUCGAAACUGAAGCAAAAUCAGUUAACUUUUGAGAUUGUAAAACUUGCCCGAGCACUUGCUAAUUUUGGAUUUUAUAGUUUUGCCAAUUUGCUCAAUCUUGCUAAAAAUUUAUUGGCUAUUGCUGAUAGCAGUCCAAAAAAAGCUGAAAGUAAUGAUAUGAAUCUCAUGAAAAAGUUAUCAAAACAUAAUUUUUCGCAUAAGGAUUCGGCUGCAUCAUGUAUGGAAAAUUCUGCUCAAGCCAAAAAAAGUAAACAAAUGAUUCAGCAAACGAAACUAAUAAUCGUCGAAAUUUUAAACUUCAUAAUGGAUGUUCGUAGAGAUUAUCGUAUAACGGUUGCCUUAUCUUGGUUUAAGCGACAUUUUCCAUGUGAUGAAGUUGGAGAACUUUUCUCAAAAGCAGAUCUUUCAAAACAUAACGCAUCACAAUUGUAUAAAGAAGUUUUCCAAGAAUGUGAAAAGAAGCUAGAUUUUGAUGGAAGCAGCGGUCAGCUUCUUCUGCGGAUUCUUUUACAAAUGACAAUGAGUGAUUUUUCUAAACUUACUAGCACAGCUCUUUCUGUACUAUUCCGUCAUUUCACGCAAUAUCAAGAGUUCGUUGAUGAUCUCAAACAAGUUCAACUAUUAGUUUCAAAUGAUGAUGUAGAAAAUUAUCAACAAAUUGAUCGCGAUUUGUUCAUUUUGAAAAUACUGACAGAAAAAAGUGAACUUUGGGUACAAGCUGAGAAAGGACGAAGUUGUAGUAGCUCCAGCUUCGAAGAACACAGCUUGAAUAUUGAUGAGUCGCCAAAAUCUGAUACAUCAGUACAAUCUACUAGCCAACAAUUAGAAGAUAAUGGUUUGAGUGCUCCUCGUGCAUUUUAUAAUUAUGAAAGCUUUCGUCUACUGGUAAUAAAGAUUGAUGAACAUUAUCUUUCCUCUAGAAAUGAAUGCAUAAAGCUACUCCGAGAGCUACUCUUGGGAGAUGAUCGUAUGCAAGCAGCUUCUGCUUUAUGUGAUCUGUCCGAACUUGCACCCCUUAUAGGAUAUCCACUCAUAAGACAGAUUUUAUACCGGCUCAAGCAACUGUGUUAUAGAGAUAAAAAACCAGAUAAAAUGAAUCAGCAAUUACUGAGAAAUAUGCGUGUGCAUGAGUACAUUCUUGGUUUUCUGUCUGUUCCUUACGACAAAAAAAUUGAUGCUGAAAUGCCAAAACUUGUUACCCUAUGCCAUGAAUUCUUACGAAGCUUCUGUCGAAAUAAUAUUGAAAAUCAAUUUCGGUUGCAUAAAUACAUUUCUGUUGAGCAAGAUGCAAAAGAAGGAUGCUUGAGAGUAAAUACGAUUGAAGAAGUUGUAACGUUAAUAGCGAUUUUUAAAAAUAAUCGUAUAUUGUGUCAUAAUAUAUCUGAAAAACUAAUUGCUCAUGUUGUUGCUAUGAUCGAACAUAAAGCACGCAGUGUGGUAUAUAUUGAAUUUCUUCAAACUGUAGUUAUGGAGCACGGCAAAGAAAUUGAAUCUGCUCAAGAAAAAGUUGCGCUAGAGAUUUGUUCGUCUUCUGAUGAUGUCAGAAUGUUUUAUGCAGACAGUGCAAGUUUUGAACAGUUGAAGCAAAUGAUGCAAAAUACAGGUCCUGAAGAGUUGAAUGCAGAUCAUCCUUUGCGUUAUCAUAUCGACCUAGUACGACUUCUCACUUUAUGUACUCGUGGCAGGAAUAGCACGACGGAAUUAAAGUGCGCUUCACAACUUUCUAUGGAUCAUAUUGUCCGUGUUGUAACGUCACCUUGCUGUUUGAUACAGGUGAAAGAUGUUUAUUUGCAAUUUAUGUUACAUUGCUAUAUAGAUGCGGAUGCAGAAAUGAAAGAUAUCGAUAAUGUUGAAUUCAUAGAGAAAAUUCUAAAGAAUAUUCUUGAUGACGUAAAGAUGUAUAUACACUCAUUGUUAGAGCUGAAAUCAGAGAAGCUUUCCUUGUUGCCCAAUUCAGCACUGGAAAAGUAUGUCUGUUAUACAGUAACUGAAGUGUUGAUUAACCUGUUUGAAAGGCGCUCAAGUCGUCAUUCCAUCACGGAUAUUUCGCAGCAUCACGAAUCUUUCUCCAAAAUAAUUCAAUGUCUUAGUCGUUUACAAAAAGAAUUAGCAAAAAAAGGUUUUGCUAAAAGUUGGUAUCGUAUUGCAGAAUGUGUUAAGCGACUUAGCAAACGAGCCGAAGAAAAUGGAGUAAUGUUGCCGGCUGAUGUUUGCAUGCCACCAGUAUCUGCAGCAGAAACCGCAAAACAGCGUUGGCAAUCUGCUGUUCAUUCAGCUCGUUUUAUUAAUCAAGCGAAUAUGCUAACAAAAACUCGUCUCCAAGUUUCACAUCUUGCUCGCAUAACUGAAAGCUUUAAUAAUGUUGUUGAAUGUUAUCAGGCAAUGGUGGAAGAAUUCAAAAGUUUUGCAUUACCAUUGCAAGCAGCUGAAACAUCAGUGCUGGUGGAUAUUUUAUAUGCUCCAGAAAGAUUGUUUAAACCUGACUCCGACUUAUAUAAAAAAUGUGAAAACGGUGGAGUCAUUUCAAAAUUAAUUCAACAUUGCAAAUUGCUUCUGCAACAUGAACAGCAUGCUCUAUGUGUUCGUGUUCUACAGACUCUUUGUCAAAUGACAUCAAACGCAAAAUCUAGUCCUAUUAAUGAGGCAAUAGAUGUACGAAUUCGAUCGUUGAAACGGUAUUUUGGUGAUGAUGCUCUGUGUAAUAUAAAAAGAAAUGAAAAUAAUCCAUUACCACUGAAUAAUGAAUAUGAGCUUGGACAUGAAUUGAAACCAACAAAAGAAAUAUCUUUAUAUGAUAUACAAUGUAAAUUAAAUAGCGCCGGUGCCAGUGAUUUGGUAAUUGAUCUAAUCAUGGAAGAGCCAAACUAUGAAAUUUUCUACAUGACACUCCAACUUUCGAAAGCGCUACUUCAUGAAGGAAACUAUGAGGUGCAAAUGUCAUUUUACAAUCACUUGAUAGAACGUACAGUGUCGGAACCGUUCUUCAAUGCCUUAAAAACAAAACUGCAAAUAGCACAGAACAAGUUGAAAAGUGAUUUAAUGGCUUGUAACGACUUGCGUCCACCAUCUGUGAUGAAUUCACCAUUGCCUGAAGUUUCUGCCCAGCUUCUGAAAGAAGAAUUAAAAGCUACUAAUGACGAUUUAAGUACACAUUUACCAUCACCUUUGAAUACUUGCAUCCCUGGAUCGCUUAGUCCUGAUAUGAAUCUACAUAUAAAAAUCGCUAUUAUUGAACCUAUUCUACGGUUUCUGCAGUUAUUAUGUGAGAAUCAUAAUUUGGUGUUACAGAAUUUCUUACGAUAUCAAGGCAGUAGACAGAAUUAUAAUUUGGUUGAUGAAACACUCAUGUUUCUAGAUGUUAUUUGUGGCAGUACAAAAGGAUGUUUGGGUGUGUUCGGUGAAAUAGGCGAGCACAAUUUUUCACUCAUUACUCAAACUUUGGUCACUUUAACAGAAUUUUGCCAAGGACCUUGUCAUGAAAACCAGAACGCUAUUGCUAGCCAUGAAUCUGGUCUUAAUAUGAUCAUAUCUUUGGUGCUAAAUGAAAUCAAACCUCUUUGCGUUGCGCGCAUGGAUUUGGCAUUAGAAAUAAAAAGUGCUGCAUCAAAAUUGUUACUAGCAGUAAUGGAAUCACGUCAUGAUGCUGACAACGCGGAACGUGUCCUUAGAAACAUGAAACAUAUGAGCAAUGGGCCAAAGCAAUUGAUUCAUGCAAUUGAAUUGGCAUAUGAGAUGUCAGAAUCAACGGAAUUUGCAAUAUCAAAGAUUAGAAGAAAAUUUGAAACAAAUCAUUCAUUGACAAAAUCGAGUGCUAAAGCAAAUGGUCACGAUACCUUUUGUCAAGGAAAUGAUGUUGCACCAAAUUUGUCCACGAAUUCAAUUCUUAUUGAUCCACAAGAGGUAGGACACAACAUUUUUAUUCUUGCAACACAACUUUCUCGACACGAUGAAAAGCUUCGUGAAGCUUUAAAUCCUGAAAAUAACAAGGAUUCUGUUACUUCUAAAGCUUUGUCGUACUACAAACAGCAUACCGCACAAAUUGAAAUAGUGCGCAAUGAUCGAAAAAUGGAGAGAGUUAUAUUUCCUAUUCAUACUGUGUGCGAAUAUUUAACACCAGAAACGAAAAUGAACAUUUUACUAGAGACUGAACAAGAUGCUCAGGGAUCGAAGGUUACUGAAUUUUUCGACAAGUGGUUUGAUCUAUUUGAAGAAAUGAAAUGGCAGCAAAAACUUCAAAAUCGAAAGUAUUUUAGCAAUUGUGCAAAACGUCUCAUACUCUGGAAGAGGAUAUCAUUUUUUCUUGCUAUUCUUGUUAAUGCGUUGAUUGCAAUAUUUUAUCCAUUUUCUGUAAAAAAUGAACCUGUAGUUUCAACAUUACGCGUUGUCGGCAUACUUCAGUUGAUUAACAAAUGUGUACAUAUAAUAAGCUAUGUUGGAAAUCGAGGUUUAAUUGACAAGACAUGGCCUGAGCGACUUCAAGAUAGUGGCAUCUGGUAUCAUCUUGCAUAUUUGUUUAUCUGUAUUCAAGGGCUUUGCAUCCAACCACUGUUUUAUGCCUUACUUUUAGUCGAUAUUAUUGCAAGUGAAGAAACUUUACGAAAUGUAAUUCGGUCUGUAACACGGAACUGGCGAUCUAUUAUAAUGACCGGGUUAUUGGCUGUUAUACUUGUAUAUCAUUUUUCAAUUGUUGGAUACUUGUAUUUUCAAAAAGGUGUCUUGUCUUCCAUUGAAAGAAGUGAUUAUAAAGUUUGGUCAUGUGAAACUCUUCGUAUGUGCAUCAUAACAACCCUGAAUUGGGGUCUCCGAAAUGGAGGUGGUAUUGGAGAUGUCCUUCGUAAUGUGGGACCAAAUGAAGACUCAUUCAUGCUUCGGAUUAUUUACGACUUGGCGUUUUUCAUUGUGCUCAUUAUUAUUGUACUGAAUUUGGUGUUUGGUGUUAUCAUUGAUACAUUUGGUGAUUUGAGAGCUGAAAGAAAUGAAAAAGUUGAUCAGCUAAGAAAUAAUUGUUUUAUUUGUGGUCUUGGGAGAGGAAGAUUUGAUAAUAAGCUUGUCACCUUCGAAGAGCAUCGUAAAAAUGAGCACAAUCUAUAUCAUUAUUUAUAUUUUAUUGUGUGGUUACAAGUUAAAGAUGAAACAGAAUUCACUGGUCCGGAAAGCUAUGAGCACAAAAGUGACUGGUUUCCUCGAAUGCAAGCAAUGUCACUAGCUGAAGAAAAUCAAGAGAUAGAGCAGAUAGAUGACAUUGCUGAUAUUCGUGGCUCACUUUACAAGAAACCAAAUUUGUAAUU